GAUCGAGCUAGACGAAAAUAGUAAGGUGGAGAGAGCUUAGUUCUGGAUUCCUUAGGGCUUGUAUGCUUCUUUAGCCUCACAAAUCAAUGUAGAAGGAAUCGGCGAAAGACGUCGCUGCAGUGCUUUGGAGGGCUAUUUGGCGAGCUGGUGAUCUUUCCAUUUUAGGGUGUUGAUUUCAUCGGUUCCAUUAUUGAAUUUCGAUUUAAAACAUGCUUCUGGUGGGAGUGGAGAGAAACCACCUCGGUGGCCUAUUCAGAUUAACAUUCAUUAUAAGAGAACAAAGAGGACCUUCUCUUGAUCUUUCACACAGAACACUAGUGCGCACACUGCACUAGGGCUAUGUUGGUCAGCAACAACACCACCACCACUACAAGAAUUUUGCAAAUUAAUGAUUAGGUACUUUUAUUGCAAGAUUUUGUGCAUGCUUUAAGCGUGUUACAGAUGAAAAGGCCAGCCUCUUGGAAAGAAGUUGCAUCUGCAUCAUCCGAUGAUUCUUCAGAUUCAGAUUCUGACGAUGAUAAGCUUGAUAGAAAAAAGAACAGCAAACAUUUUGGAGAUUCUAAAAACAUCAUGGAUACCAUGUCAGAAGCCAACAUCAAAAAGAAGAAAGUUGGUGGUAUAGACUAUGAAGCUUUAAGCAAGCAUGGAUAUCAUGGUGGUCCUUCAGUGCUGAAGGUUCCUCCUCCUAGGGUUGAGGAGAAAGAACAAAACUGGUCAUGGUCAACAGGAAAAGAUGGAAAUGAGAGAAAUAAUUCGACAGAGGAGCCAUUCGAAGAGCGAGAGCGAACCAGAGCUGCUGCUCAUGGAAAAGAUCCUCUGCAUGUGCAGGUAAAUCUGCAAUUGGAUAAGAAGGACAAGAAAGCAUCGUUCUCCCAGAAGGAGAAGAGGAAAAGAGACCUUGGACAGGCAAGCAGGGGAAAGAAUUACGUGGAAGAAGAGAAGAGGCUUUUGAGGGAUAGCGGUGUCUACUCUGGCUUUGAUUCAUGACAGUAGCUUCUCUUUGGCAAUUUUUUAGGUUCUGUUAAAUUGCAACAUGAGAAAUUAUUAGAACCUAUUUGGGUGUGAUGAUUCCUGUUAACUGAAAUGAACAUCUUUUACUUGUUUAUGGAGUGAUAGAAGUGCGAUAUGAAGCAUAUACUUGAAGGAUAAUAACAAGUGUACAUCAUCAGUAAUUUCAACUACAAUUUUGCGGGCCACAUUGCAAUUGUCCAGCAAAAUUUGUUCUGUUUUAGGUUGCUUGAAAGAGAACCAAAUAGUGUAUUGGAAAGUGUAUUUAAAAUUUUUUUGUUGAGAUUGUAUUGAUUGAACAGACCAGGUGCUUUGAAUA